AUGGGCACCACGCUUCCCGCCCUGCGCGUUGCAGUGGCACCUACGGCGUCAUCAGCGCGGCCAGCAGCGUCGCCUGUGCGCGCGGCGCUGAACAGCAAAGUGCUGGAGAGCAAGUCGUUAGGCGAGCUGCGACAAUUGGCGAAGGAGCGCGGCAUGCGCGGAGAUACCAAGGCGGAGCUCGUCAAGCUGCUCACGUCCAGCUACGCCGCAGCGCCCGCGGGUAACGGUGCGGUGGCGGCGAAGGCGGCAGUAACGGUGAACCCGCAGCUGAAGAAGCAGCUGGAGGCCAUGCCCAUGGCGCAGCUGCGCGCGCAGGCGCGUAGCAAGGGCAUCUUCGGCGGCAGCAAGGCGGAGAUCGUCGCCGCGCUACUAACUGCUGGUGUGGCGCCAGCAGCAGCCGCGUCGUCAGCCCCCGCCUACUCCAACGGAGCAGUUGCUUCCGCGCCUGCUGCGGCGGCGCCUGUGGCGGCCGUACCUUCAUCGUCGGACCUGGCGCGGCAGCUGCAGACGAAGCCGCUGGCGGUGCUGCGCGCACUGGCGCGCCAAAAGGGGCUGCGCGGCAACACCAAGGAGGAGCUCGUCGCCGCCCUCGUCUCUGCCACCGCACCCGCUGCUGCAUCACCGGCGCCCGCCGUCUCUCCCGCUGCUGCCGUUACCGCGACCUCUGCCUCUUCCUCGCCCGCCGCCUCUCCCGCCGCCGCUGCGCCCGGUACCGUGAACGUUAGCGCGCAGGCGCUGGCACGGCAGCUGCAAACACGGCCGCUGUCGGCGCUGCGCGCCAUGGCGAACGCAAAGGGCAUCUCGGGGGCCGCCGCGCCCAAGGAUCAACUCAUCCGCGCCCUCGUCGCCGCAGCCACGGCGACGGCGGCGAACGUGACGGAGGUGAAGGCCGCCGCAUCCGUGCGCGCGUCGGAGCUGCAGAGCAAGCCGCUGUCGGAGCUGCGCACCAUUGCGCGCGCGCGGGGCAUCCGCGGAGACACCAAGGCGGAGCUCGUUAAACUGCUCACGGCGGAGGACGUGGUGCUACCGCCACUGCAGAGCGCGAGCAUGAGCUUGCCCUUCCAGUCCGACCUCCCCGCUGGCGGCACCACCGCCAUCCAACCCCUGCAGGCAGCGUCAUUGGGGGUGCAGUCAGCAGCAGUGAGCGAGGCCAUGGAGCUGCUGCUGGGACGCGCGGAGGGGGAGGCGGAGGGCAGCGUGGCGGAGCAGGCAGCGUUCCUGCGCAACGUGCUGGUGGCGGGCAUAGGCGUGGCCGUGCUGCCCCUCAUCCUGCCCGUGCAGAUGUCCUCCACUGUCGUCGCCACCGCUCCCACUGUCACCGCUCCCCAGGUUGUUGUGCCACCACCUCCUGCCGAGCCUGAACCUGAGGUUCGGGCGCUGUCUGCUGAGGAGUUUUGCACAUCCCUGCCCUCGUCUCUGCUGUCCCCACAAGCGGCCAAGUUCUGCCAAGCUGUCAAGGACAUUGGCCUCUGA